GUGUUGACGAGAGCGCUGAGGAGGCCGGAGGACUGAAUAGUUGCAGUAAGGUGAAGAAAACUAUAAAGGAUAUGUCAGAGAAUAAACAAGAAGUACAUCCAGAUACUAUUACAGAUGUGGAAGCUGUUAUAGAUACAGAGGAAGAACUUAUUAAAGAAUGUGAAGAAAUGUGGAAAGACAUGGAAGAUUGUCAGAAUAAAUUAUCACUUAUUGGAACUGAGACACUCACGAAUGCAGAUGCUCAGCUCUCAUUACUUAUUAUGCAAAUGAAAUGUUUGACUGCUGAACUUGGUCAAUGGAAGAAAAGAAAACCCGAAAUAAUUCCCCUAAAUGAAGACGUUUUGUUAACAUUAGGAAAAGAAGAGUUCCAAAAAUUGAGAUGUGAUCUUGAAAUGGUACUAUCUACCAUUCAAUCAAAGAAUGAAAAGUUAAAAGAAGACUUAGAAAGGGAGCAACAGUGGUUGGAUGAACAGCAGCAAAUACUGGACACUCUUAACGUAUUAAACAGUGAUGUGGAAAAUCAGGUGGUAACAUUAACUGAGUCAAGAAUCUUUAAUGAACUGACAACUAAGAUCCGUGGGAUAAAGGAAUUCAAGGAGAAGCUCUUGCUUACCUUGGGUGCUUUUUUAGACAAUCAUUUUCCUCUGCCUGAAGCAAGUACUCCAAAGAAAAGGAAAAACAUUCAAGACUCGAAUGCACAGCUGAUAACACUGAAUGAAAUAUUAGAGGUCCCACUCCGGGCCAUGGGCUCUACCUUGGAGAGUUGUUGGUUUCCCAGGGAGACUUUGUUGGAGGAAGCUGCAUUUUCAUUGGCAAGUGCAUCCGUUGGAUAGAGCUUCUGGAUUCGGGAUGAGUUCCCUCCUAGCUCUGGGACAAGUAAAUUUAGAAGAGUAUUUUCAGAACUUAAUGAGUUGGGUAUAAGCAACUGAUAUAAUAAUAUAUUAGUAUUAUUAAUAUAUAAUACUAUAUCACUAUCUUAAAAAAGCUAGAUAAAAAUAGUUGUCUGAUUUAUAAUCAGAAACUAUGUCGAUAUUUCUGAUUUUCCCUAGUUUAAAACUAAAACCUUUCCUGGAUGUAUUCAUUAUCUUUUAUAAGGUUAAAAAAAUUUACUUUUGGCUAGUGAGAUGAUUUAGUGGUUAAAUGUGCUUGUUACAAAACCCAGUUGUAUGAGUUUAAUCCCCAGGACCCAUGUAGUGGAUGGAGAGCCGAUUCCUGAGCAUUGUCCUCUAAUUUGUUUAUCAUUCUGUCUGUAUUUGUACAUACAGAGAAACAAAUGUAAUAAAAAUUUUAAAGUGA